AUGACGCGCUACGGCUCCGCCUCCGCAUCCGGCGAGCGCAAGCGUCGUCUGAUUCGUUCCCUGGACUACCAGUGCGUGAGCCGCUUUCGUCUCCGUCGGCUCCUCAUCUUCCUCUGGCGUUACAGCUACGACGAAGCGUUCGAAGCGCUGUCCAAGGAGACAACUGUGUACUUCCGCGUGGACCAUCUCCAGCAUAUGGUGCGGCGGGGCUUGUGUUCAAGGGGUCACAGCAGAUUUCACAAGAAGUUAGGCCGGAUUCCAGCAGAUGUUCUUGCCCGGUAUUUUGUUCCCAAGGAGACAAGCCAACCAGGUUUACCACUUGAGCCAUUUACAAUGAUCCGGAUGGCAGAGCUUAUAGAUGAAUGUUUGCAAGCUGGAAAAUGCCUGGUGAUCAAUGACAGACAUCCCGUUGAGAGUUCUUCCACUGAAGGCGCGAAGGAUCCAAUGGUAACUGAGGCUGCUGUUCCAAGAAACAAUCUGAUAAGGCCACGAGCAACUGAGCACCAAGAAGUUGAUACAAGAAAGAUACAGAUAAUUGGGGAGCAUGUUCAAAGGAGGAAGAGGAAGCCUAAUACUCCAAUUUCCACUGCUACUCUGAGAAGAAGCCCAAGACUGGCCGAAGCUCUAGAUGGCCAUAAGCCUGAAGCGAUUUCAGCCUCAAAAAAGCCUAUCUCCAAAAACAAGUCAAGGGCUAGAAAAAUCACAUUGCAGACUGAUCUGUUGGGUAAAAUUCUCUCACCUUCACCUUCACAAGCAAUUGAGUUUCCUGAUCUCUCUGCUAUUGAUAAAUUCAAAACCCCUGACGCUAAAUUCCCUAAAAUUCCCAUUACUGAAAUUCAGAGAAUCGCAACUGAGAAGUGCUGCAUCGCUCCUUCAGAGGUGACAGCCGAACUACUUCUUGCUUCAAGACCAGAUGAAGCAAGCUCGAGCAGUAGUAGUUCAAUGGAGCUCCAAUUAGUUUCCAAUGAUUCGUUGCACUUUUAG